AGGAAACGAAGAGAAGCGAUGAAUUUUGUUCCAAUCUCAAUACUGCUAAUCAUUGUUGUGUGUUUGAAAGUGGUCUCCGCAAAUACGGAAUGUGUUUGGGCAACUGGCAGAGUGCUAUGUCACAAGAAUCAAACGCUUGUAUUGGGAACACUGGUUGAGCUGUUCGAUCAGGAUGGGCCUGGAGAUAUGGGCUUUACGACGGUGGACAACGAAGAGGGUUAUUUCAAUGUUGAGGGUUGUGCUGAUGAUUUUGACUGGCUGCCCGGAAUCAAAAAUCGACCAGAGGUGUACAUUCGUCUUCAUCAUUACUGUAAUUCGCCGAAAGGUGAAUUUCUAAAGGUGUUGCCACUGUUUCGUGUAUUUGUACCGCACACUUAUGAUCACCAUAUACGUUUCCCGAUCAAAUUGGAUUGA